UGAGGUGGAUUGCGGGCACCGAGCUGGGGACAGCCUCCAAAAGGAAUAGGGGUGUCCGGAAGGCCGGUCGGGAAGUGUAUCUGGGCGACUUACAAGACGAAGUCAUACGGAAGCGUCUUCUGAUUGAUGGAGAUGGUGCCGGGGAUGACCGGAGAAUUAAUCUCCUUGUGAAAAGCUUCAUCAAAUGGUGCAACUCUGGAUCCCAAGAGGAGGGAUAUAGCCAGUACCAGCGUAUGCUGAGCACCCUGUCCCAGUGUGAGUUUUCAAUGGGCAAGACUUUGCUGGUGUAUGAUAUGAAUCUCAGAGAAAUGGAGAAUUAUGAAAAAAUAUACAAAGAAAUAGAAUGUAGUAUUGCCGGAGCACAUGAAAAAAUUGCUGAAUGUAAAAAGCAAAUUCUUCAAGCAAAACGAAUACGAAAAAAUCGACAAGAAUAUGACGCUUUGGCGAAAGUUAUUCAGCAUCAUCCAGACAGACAUGAGACAUUAAAGGAGCUAGAGGCUCUGGGCAAAGAAUUGGAGCAUCUCUCACAUAUUAAAGAAAGUGUUGAAGAUAAGCUGGAAUUGAGACGGAAACAAUUUCAUGUUCUUCUUAGUACCAUCCACGAACUUCAACAAACUUUGGAGAAUGAUGACAAGCUGUCAGAGGUGGACGAAGCUCAAGAAAGUGCCAUGGAAGCAGACCCUAAGCCAUAGACAGGCUGACCAUCCCCAUUUGCAGGGAUGGUAAAAAGCUGCAUGGGUGUAUUGGGUUCUGUUUAUUGUGGUUUUGAGAUACUUCAACUUUAGCAGUGAAAUGCUUUGCUUUUAAAUAUUAAUUCAUGUCUCACUCAUAUUUCUUCUCACAAAGGAAAUGUGUUUGGUGUAUUGUGUUUUUUAAAUGCAUUUUUAUCUUUAAAGGUAGAAUUCAACAUCUGAAAACAUUUAAUAAAAUUUCUCAAGAUGGA